UUCUAAUCUCACUUUAGAGAUAACAGUUAUAUAGCCAUUGAUAAGAAAAAUUGUCGAGAUAAACUUCCUCAAUUUUGUGUUUACAAAAAUAUGAGAAUGUUAAUGCAAGAUCCAAUUAUCGGUAAUUAUAUCCAUUGAAACUGGAUGUUUGUUUGGAAUAACUAUAUUUGAUCAUAAUGAUUGAAAAAAACUGAUGACAUAUCAAUAAACUCGAACUGCUCUUCAUAUAAGUAAUAUUCAUAUAAACCAUAUGUUCUGUGCCUAGCAAUUCUCUUUUAUUACUCUGCUGCAUAUCUCAUUUACGUUGAACAUUAUGCCUGGGUUGUAUCUAACCGAACGAUUAUAAAAAAGCUUUCUCUCCUCUCUUCAUCUCCAUAAAAUAAUAUCAUUUAAUAAUACGGAAUAUUGUGAAUUGGUGACUUUCUUUUACUCACAGUAAAUGUUAGACCGUCGUAUAGUUAAAACGUACAAAAAUUGUAUUAUCAAGUAUCGCAUUUAUUAGUUCUUAAUUGCCGAUCAAGUAUUUUUCGGGCAAAAAUGUUUGUUAAAAGAAGAAAAGUUGUUAACUUCAACAAUAAUGACAUGCUGGAUAACAACAAUUUCCCAAUCUUUAAUCACAAAAUACUGACAAGGUUCUGUCUUAAGCAUAAAAGUAAUUGCGACGGGUGUUCUGAACAGUGCCUUCAAGUAGCAACGAAUGUCACUGAGCAGAAGCAUCAUGUUACACGUGAAGUAAGAGGACAGAAUUUGGGCUUAUGUCGUGGCUUCCGUGGAUGUACAGUUUGGUUAACAGGCUUGUCUGGUGCUGGAAAGACAUCAAUUGGAUUUGAAUUGGAAGCGUUUUUAGUGUCAAAAGGCAUUCCAUCAUAUGGCCUUGACGGAGAUAAUAUUCGUACUGGGUUAAACAAGAAUUUGGGAUUCUCGCAAACUGAUCGUGAAGAGAAUAUUCGUAGAGUUGCAGAAGUGGCAAAAUUGUUCGCUGACAGCGGCGUUGUAACUAUUUGUUCCUUCGUAUCACCAUUCUCUGAAGAUCGUGACAUGGCACGAAGAAUUCAUAAGGAAGCCGAUUUGAAAUUUUACGAAGUUUUUAUCGAUACACCUUUAUCAGUUUGUGAGUCGCGUGAUGUCAAAGGUCUUUAUAAGAAAGCUCGUGAAGGUGCUAUCCAGGGAUUUACAGGUGUUACGCAAGCUUAUGAAGCCCCUGAACAACCUGAUUUGAUUGUCAAAACAGAAGAACUUACCAUCCAAGAAUCAACUGCUAAAGUUGUCGAGCUUCUUGUCUCUGAAAAUAUCAUACCAAAGUCAAUGAAUGAUUUUGAUGGCGUUAGGGAACUGUUAGUUCCAGCUCACAGAAGUGAUGCCCUUAAAAGUGAAGCACAAACAUUGCAAACGCUAGAAAUAAGUACGUUAGACUUACAAUGGCUACAAGUAUUAGCUGAAGGAUGGGCAUCACCUUUAAGUGGAUUCAUGCGUGAAAAAGAAUACUUACAAGCACUCCAUUUCAAUUGUUUAUUAACCGAUGAAGGAACUGUCGUUAAUCAUUCCAUUCCUAUUGUCUUACCAUUAACUGAAGCUGAUAAGAAUCGACUUAAAGACGUUAGUGCUUUUACACUUACUUACGAAAAGAAACCAGUUGCGAUUUUACGCAAUCCAGAAUUUUAUUUCCAACGAAAGGAAGAAAGAGUUAGCAGACAAUUUGGUACGAGUAAUCCCGAUCAUCCUUACAUCAAUUUGAUUAUGGAGUCGGGCGAUUAUCUCGUCGGUGGAGAUAUUGAAGCAUUAGAAAGAAUAAAGUGGAAUGACGGUUUAGAUGAUUACAGACUAACGCCAAAUGAAAUCCGUAAGAAAAUUAAUGAUAUUGGUGCUGAUGCUGUUUUCGCAUUUCAAUUAAGAAAUCCUAUUCAUAAUGGACAUGCCUUAUUAAUGAAAGAUUGUAAGAGACAGUUAUUAGAUCAGGGAUAUAAAAACCCCGUUCUUUUACUUCAUCCAUUGGGUGGCUGGACAAAAGAAGAUGAUGCACCGUUAGAUGUUCGUAUGGCUCAACAUCAAGCUGUUCUUGAUGCUGGAAUUUUAGAGCGCGAGAGUACAAUUAUGGCAAUUUUCCCAUCUCCAAUGAUGUAUGCAGGUCCAACAGAAGUUCAAUGGCAUGCAAAGUCAAGAAUGAAUGCUGGUGCUAAUUUCUAUAUUGUAGGACGUGAUCCAGCAGGAAUGGCUCAUCCAAAUAAGGAACUUUAUCCUGAUGGCAAUUUAUAUGAUGAUUCACAUGGCAGUAGAGUACUUAAAAUGGCACCAGGACUUGAUUCCAUUGUUAUUCUUCCAUUUAAAGUUGCAGCUUAUGAUAGAUCCGUUGGUGAAAUGGCUUUCUUUGAUCCAAAACGUAAGGAUGACUUUUUAUUCAUUUCUGGCACAAAAAUGAGAGGAUUUGCAAGAAACGGAGAACUUCCACCUGACGGAUUCAUGGAACCAAAAGCUUGGAGUAUUCUCGCUGACUAUUAUAAAUCCCUCGCCAAGAAUUAAAUUUAUUUCUAUUUCCAUUCACUUCCCUAACAAGCAACGAGCAUAAAUUCUUUUAAACUCUCUACAGACAAAUAGAUUUCAUAUGAUCAGCAUGCUUAAAAAGUUUUUUGACUUGGGGAACAACCAUAUUGAACCAUAUAUAAUAUUAACAUGCUCAUUGCUUGUUAGGUACUGUACUAAUUUAAUAUAGUAUUCACCAUUUUAAAUGUCCUGCUUUUAUAUAUUUUUAACUUAUUGUAAUGUCAUUAAUUAUACUUUUAAAGAAAAAUGAAUGACUUUAGUCAAUCCAUAUAACAAAGAGAGAAAUUUUUUAUAAUAUAUUAAACGAAUUAAAGAAAAAAUUUUUAUUCUGAUAUUUGACAAACGUAAGGACAUAUGUAUAAUAAGGUUCAAUAAUGUCUAGUUAAAACAAAUAAAAAAAAAAAAAAAAGAGUUUUUUCAAUGAAAUGAAAAAUAACAAAAAUAUCAAGUGCACAUAUGUUAUGCUAUAUACUUAUAAGAAGAAUAAGAUCAUUAAUAAAUGUUUACUUUUAAAUUUAAUCAUCAAGUUUGAAAUCAGCUUCCGAUGAAAUGACACCACAGUUGUAAAAUAUCUCACAGACGAAAUUCUUAAUGAGUUUACUUUCAGGAACAUGAUCAGAAUCGCUUUCAUAAAAAUGAUGAGUGAUUUUUCUUGCCAUUAAUUUAAAUAAGCCUUUUGGGUCCGGUCCUGUGAUUUUCUUCUCGCGAUAAAAGGUAUUGAGUGAAUUAACAACAAUUUCGGAUAUUUUAUUUUUAUUGCGCUUUCUUUUCUUCUCCGUAUCGUCCGAACCCGAUGAUGCUGUUGCUGUCAACAUAUCUGAUGCUUUUCGAAAAUCAUUUUCCAUUCGGAUCUUCUUGAUUGGACUCUUAUCAAAUGUUGGAUCUUCCAUUUUUCGCUUCAAAUCGCUGUUUUUUCGGACUUGAUCGAAUGAAAAGUUAUCAUUAUCGUCAGCCUUUUCUAUUUUCGUUUCAUGAAUCUCUAUUAUGUCAUCGUCUUGACUUUUUUCAUCGUUUGUUGAUAACAUUUCAAGUUCACUGACCAAAUCUUGCUUCUUUAGUUCUAAUUUCAUUAUUUCCGGAUCGUCAAGUUCGUUGUCGUCAUUGUCAUCAUCAUUAUUUUCGUCUUCAGUUACUAUCAUUAAGUCAUUAUUGUCAUCGUCUUGUGAUGAUAUUUCAAUUAUGUCCGGAUCAGGUUUGUUUUUUGUGAAAAAUUCAUUUAUUUUCGAUUGAGUCUUGCCAUCCUUAUAGCUUUGUGUGUCUUUAGUCAAUUUGUUGUUUUUCUUUGAGUUCUUACUAUUAUUAUUAUUCUUUUGUUGAAUCUCAUCCUCCAAUUCAUUAAUUACAUCCUUUCCAUAACGAUCUUUUAAGUCACUUACUAUCGUUUUAUAAUCUCCACCAUGAGAUUUAUGCUUCUGAGGUAUAUGAUUUUUUGUGCCUGUAAACAAUCCACUGGAACUUUUAAUAUUGUGCACCUCCUUUGCAAUAUUUCGUCGAUAAAUGCUGAUUGCUUUACAUGAAUUAAAACAAUUAUAUUCAAUUUCUAUGGCUAUAUCCUCAAGAUCUUUAUAAGCUAAAGGAUGCAAUGGAUUAUCAGGUGGAUUAUAUAGAGCACAUUUUUCCAUAUUAUUCUUUAAAACUGACGUCAAUAGCGUUAAAUUUUGUUCGCGAGUGGAUGUUGUUAAACCAGAAACUUUUGUUUCUGUCGAGCCUGCACUUCUUACACGCGAGAUUGAUGUUGAUUCGUUCAUGCUCAUUGCUGCUGCUGCUUGCAUUUUUCUCAAUGCAAAUUGCUUCUCAAUAAAUGUCCGUUCAGCCUUUCUAUCAGGCUUUUGAUAAGACCCACUUCCGUCACUAUCGUUAUCAUUAUAAUCAUCAAAUCCACCUCUCCUUGAAUUAUGUG